GUGCUUGUGUGAAAGGAGAGGAGGUAGAGAAAUGGUCUGUUCCAGGACCCUCUUCCCAAUCCCCUCCACACCAAAGAGUACUCCUAUUCAAUGUCCCAAGGAUUUGUAUAGCAUAGUCAGUUCGAACGAAUUUAGCCUUUAGGGCUUUAAUAAUUUUGAGCCAUGUAUCUCUUACUCAAUUCUAUCUCAGUGCUUAACUUGUAGUACCAAUUUACUGACAGUGUGGUGACCUACCAAGUUAUCUGUGAUAUUUCCCCCAAUUUUGUACUUUGUAUAUUCUCUUCUUUAUUACACGGUGUUUUUACCUUGCAGAUGCCCUCAAAAUAUUUUAAAAUCGAGCUUACUAUCAUCAAACAGAAACUCAAAUGAGUUCAAGGCUGGAGAAACCCACAUUAAGCAUGAAAGUCUGCAGCUGGGACUGAGCAAACUCACCGGCACAAAAACGCAUGCGCCCUUCCUUUUAUUUACACCCUUUCUUUCUCUUAGGAUCUGAACCAGGUGAGAAGCCGGUAAGUGGGGCGUGUGCAGAUAGCCCCGCACGCUGAGCGCAGUAAGGAAAACGCGCCACACUUGAGGAGCCGUGGGUACAGUUCCUUUUCUUCUCCGGUUGCGAGUGCUGGGGGCGUCCGCCGCAGGUGCCUCCCGAGCUCCCUGCCCCGGGCGCAGCCGCCGCUGCCGUCCGCUCCCCACCCUCUCGGCGCCGCCGCAGUGCGCGGAGCAGGGCUGGUGCUCUCCGCCCGUGGCCCGGAGGGGCGCGCUAGGGCCAGCGCCGCUCGCUCCGCAUCCCUCUCCUCCAGGCUCCUGGAGCACUCCCAUCGCCGUCUGCAGUCCCAGGCCCCGCCAUGGGGAAUGUGCCAUCAGCGGUGAAGCACUGCCUCAGCUACCAGCAGCUUCUCCGGGAGCAUCUCUGGAUCGGGGAUUCAGUGGCUGGGGCACUUGACCCUGCGCAGGAAACAUCCCAGUUAUCUGGACUCCCUGAGUAUGUUAAAAUAGUAGAAGUUGGACCCAGGGAUGGAUUGCAGAAUGAAAAGGUUAUAGUUCCUACAGACAUAAAAAUUGAAUUUAUCAAUCAACUUUCCCAAACUGGCUUGUCUGUAAUAGAAGUGACCAGCUUUGUGUCCUCCAGAUGGGUACCACAGAUGGCUGAUCACACUGAAGUGAUGAAAGGCAUUCAUCAAUACCCAGGAGUUCGAUAUCCUGUCCUUACUCCUAAUCUUCAGGGUUUUCACCGUGCUGUUGCUGCCGGAGCCACCGAGAUAUCAGUUUUUGGUGCCGCAUCUGAAUCCUUUAGCAAGAAGAAUAUUAACUGUUCUAUUGAAGAAAGCAUGGAGAAGUUUGAGGAGGUUGUUAAGUCGGCAAGGCACAUGAAUAUUCCAGCACGAGGGUAUGUGUCUUGCACCCUGGGCUGUCCGUAUGAAGGAAACAUCACACCACAAAAAGUGACAGAAGUAUCUAAAAGAUUAUAUGGCAUGGGCUGUUAUGAGAUCUCUCUAGGAGACACUAUUGGAGUGGGAACUCCAGGAAGCAUGAAAAGAAUGUUGGAGAGUGUCAUGAAAGAAGUCCCACCCAGUGCGCUUGCUGUUCACUGCCAUGACACGUAUGGACAAGCCUUAGCAAAUAUCCUUACGGCCCUUCAGAUGGGAAUUAAUGUGGUGGACUCCGCAGUAUCAGGAUUAGGUGGUUGUCCGUAUGCAAAAGGUGCCUCUGGGAAUGUAGCCACUGAGGAUUUGAUAUAUAUGCUUAAUGGCUUGGGGCUCAACACAGGUGUCAAUAUUUACAAAGUGAUGGAAGCUGGUGACUUUAUUUGCAAAGCUGUGAAUAAAACCACAAACUCUAAAGUAGCACAAGCCUCCUUCAAUGCUUGACUUGAAUAAAUUUGUGACUUAAGGCUGAGAAGAUCCAUUUCAUCUACAGAUACUCAUCUGAAAAUCAUUACUACCAAGUUGUUCUGAAAUGUGAAGUAAUAGACAAGAGUGGGGGAAAAAAGAUAUAAUUUUAAAGUAUAUUACUGGACAAAUUAUGAAAUCAGUGGAAAGCAAUAUCCAGUCAUCGGUAAAUUGGAAGCUGAAGUAAAACACUACAAUUUGUAGAUAUGCCUUUGAACUUGGAGAAAAGUCUACUCUUUUGCUCCAAUAGAAAUAACUUUUUAAUUUAGUAGAUGUGAAAAUUAACUUCAGGUUUCCCUAAGUAUCAAAUACUGUGUUAAUACUUAAUCAAGCUGGCUUAGCACAGUAUACAUAUUGUCAGUGGUUUAUGAGCUUCUGCGUAGUGUGCAAAGUGUGUGGCCUCAGUCCUAUGCGUUAUGCCUCUGGAUCUCAACUUUCCAUUUGCCAAGUCAGUUAAAUUAUGAACCAAGCGCCAAAUCUCCAUCUGACCGUACAUAAUUUUUAGCAAUAGAACUUUUAUAUUUCAAGUAUGGCUAACAUCUGUUAACUAUUUCAGCGACUUUAUCUUGUUCCAAGAGGCUGUGGUCAAUGGCAAGAUGCCAUAUGCUGGAAACAUUACGACCUCCCAUGUUUGUGAUAUGCAUCCAGUUUACCAUACGUUCUCUUUCAUCAAGUUUAGUAAAAACAAGCAUGGUGUUACUCACCUAUUGAAAAAUAUAAGGUUCAACUGUCAUCUCAGUGUCUCAGCUGCAGUGAUAAGAACAGAUUGAUACAUAGAGUAUAAUCCACUUUGGUAAUUUUCAAAUCACAUUCAAAUUGCCUGAGGAAAUGUCACUAAGAUCCUAAGAAUAGUAAGGCAGUUUUUAAUUCAUGAAACAAAAUAAAACAAAACUGUUUUCAUUGAUUCCAGGUACUUUGAUUAAAUGUGAUCACUAUUGGUUGACUUUAUGGUUAUUUUUAAUGUUGAAAUGGCUGAAAUUUUAUCUUUUGCAAUAGAAAAUAUUGCCAGGAAUAGCAAAAGUUAAUAUGUCAAAGUGGAGAGGAGGAGCAGAAAGACUAUGUUAAGAAAAAGCAUUUCUGUAACCUAUGCAAAUCAUAUGGGGACAGAAUUAUUAAAUGCGGGUCUGAAUCAUCAGUUCUAUUUAUGUAGUCUUCUCCAGUAAUACUUGGUGAUCUUAUCUUUCAAUAAAUUUUAAUAUAACUUUAAAUAUGAA